CCGAACAUGGCGGCCGCCCGCUGCGUGCGCUGGGGUCUGUGCCGAGCCCGAGCCUGUCUCCUCCCGCCGCGCUGUCCCCGCCGGACUCUGCACAAGCAGGGAGACGGCACGGAAUUUCAGAGCAUCUACAGCUUGGACAAGCUCUACCCCGAGUCCCGGGGCCGGGACACCGCCUGGAGGGUCCCGGAUGAUGUGCGGAGAGCCAGCAGUGACAUCCCUCUAGAUCGCCUGACGAUAUCUUACUGCCGGAGCAGCGGUCCCGGCGGCCAGAAUGUUAACAAAGUGAAUUCCAAGGCUGAAGUCAGGUUCCACUUGGCAACUGCUGACUGGAUUGCAGAGCCCGUGAGGCAGAAGAUGGCCAUCACGCAUAAAAAUAAGAUCAACAGGUCAGGAGAGUUGAUACUCACCUCUGAAUGCAGCCGCUAUCAGUUCAGAAAUCUGGCGGAUUGCCUGCAGAAAAUUCGAGACAUGAUUGCUGAGGCCAGCCAGCCAGUCAAGGAGCCGUCCAGAGAAGAUGCUGCUCUUCACAGGACCAGGGUGGAAAACAUGAACCGGGAAAGGCUGAGACAGAAGAGAAUAAAUGCCGUCACAAAGACAAACAGGAGGGCGGAGGUGGACUGAAGCCGGCUCUGCAGCACACAGACCUCCCAGCACUUCCAGC